GUUGUCCCGUAGUUAGACGUCGAGCAAGUCGGAUGCGCCGGCAAGAAUAACUGGGUUUAAAAAGCUUCAAAACACUUGUUUCGUAUUCAUAGACGAGGCUCGAAGUAAUAAAUUUCAUUGAAUUUUUUCAUAAACGCGAAACUCGAAAGGCGAAGAAAAAAUCGGACCGCAAAAAAUAAUAUUCACGAGUGAGAGUUCCGGAUUCGAGGAGCAAACAAAAAUAAACCGUUUUUUUCGUUCUUUCCAACGACGAGGACGGAAGUCGAGAACGUCUCUCCACAAGACAAACGUUCUACGGUUUGCCAGUGGCGAACCGAUGUAAAUUCAAAUACAGUGCCUCCAGCCAUGGGAAACUCCGGUUCCAACGUUUCAACGAUGACGCCAGAGAUGCUCGAAGAGUACAGUCAACUGACGUACUUAAACAAAGCCGAGAUAGUUUAUAUUUUUCGAAGCUUCGAGACACUCGGGCCGAAAGAACUGCAAGAAAAUCUUCACUGUCGAUUCCCAAUCGAGCGUAUACUCCAAAUCAUUCCACAAUUACGCAACAAUCCUUUUCGCGAAUCGAUAUUUCGAGUAUUUUCAUCGAAAAGUGACGAUUGCAUGAGUUUUGAGGACGUUUUGGACUUGUACUCGGCCUUUUCCGAAAACUGUCCCGUUGACGUCAGAGCUGCUUGGGCUUUCCGAAUAUUCGACUUGGACUCCGAUAACCAAGUAUCUUUGGACGAUUUGAUCGAAGCGGUGGAACGCAUAACAGGCAUCGACGAAAAAGGACGAAUCAGGAUCGAUCGCCCGAGUGCUGAACGAGUUGCUCAGACGGUCUUACAGGAAAUGGACAUGGAUCAUACCGGAAGUAUCGGGGCCCAAGAGUUCGUUCACACGGUCUCGAGGAUACCAGAAUUCUCGAGCACUUUUCGACUAAUGCCAUAAACGAGGCACAUUGUAUCAAGUAUUAUAUUCCAAUAAUAAACUCACUAAUUGCGA